GUUGCAGAGAGCUCUGGGGAUCGCAACCGCUCAUCCUGAUUUUUUUUUUCCAAUGCUCCCAGAAGUCGGCAAUGACCGCCUGCGCCCUCCUCGCGGGUGGGUUUCGGGACCGUGGGCUCCGCGCCCCCGCGCACUGGGCUCCGUCUCCGCCCCGCCUUCCCCGGACCCCGCCGGGGCCCCGGCCUCCGCUGCGGCUCCUGCUGCUGCUGCUGCUCCUGCCGCGCUCCGCCCUCUCCGCCGCGUUCACAGUUGGGGUGCUGGGACCCUGGGCCUGCGACCCCAUCUUCGCCCGUGCCCGCCCGGACUUGGCCGCCCGCCUGGCCGCUGCCCGCCUGAACCACGACGCUGCCCUGAAGGGCGGCCCCCGCUUCGAGGUCGCGCUGCUGCCCGAGCCGUGCCGGACGCCGGGCUCACUGGGGGCGGUGUCCUCCGCGCUCACCCGCGUCUCGGGCCUCGUGGGGCCGGUAAACCCCGCAGCCUGCCGGCCCGCUGAGCUACUGGCCCAAGAGGCUGGGGUCGCGCUGGUGCCCUGGGGCUGCCCCGGGACGCGGGCGACGGGCACCACGGCUCCCGCGGUGACGCCCGCGGCGGAUGCCCUCUACGCCCUCCUGCGCGCGUUCCGCUGGGCGCACGUGGCCCUGGUCACCGCCCCCCAGGACCUGUGGGUGGAGGCGGGACGCGCACUGUCCACCGCGCUCAGGGCCCGGGGCCUGCCCGUUGCCUUGGUGACCUCCAUGGAGCCCUCGGACCUAUCUGGGGCCCGGGAAGCCCUGAGGAGGGUCCGGGAUGGGCCCAGAGUCAGAGCAGUGAUCAUGGUGAUGCACUCGGUGCUGCUGGGCGGCGAGGAGCAGCGCCGUCUACUGGAGGCUGCAGAGGAGCUGGGCCUGGCCGAUGGCUCCCUGGUCUUCUUGCCCUUCGACACUCUCCACUACGCCUUGUCUCCAGGGCCAGACGCCUUGGCCGCGCUCGCCAACAGCUCACAGCUUCGCAGGGCCCACGAUGCGGUGCUCACUCUCACGCGUCACUGUCCCACGGGAAGCAGCGUACUGGACAGCCUGCGCAAGGCCCAAGAGCAUCGGGAGCUGCCCCCUGACCUCAAUCUGCAACAGGUAGAGGGACCAGGGAGGAGAGAAGAAAGGAAGAGAGCUGGGGAAGAGCGCAGAGAAUCGCCAAAAGGGCAGAGGAGGCUGGAGGCAAUGGGAAGAGAAGUGAUUCGAGUUGAUGAAAGGAGAGGAGGAUGCCAGUAGGGAGAGAAUAACCAGCAGCUCUACCUGUCCUGGAGUUUCCUGCGUCAUGUAGAGGCUCUCAUCUUGCUUUGGGCAUCCUAGUGUAUUGGAAGUGCUUCUAGAGAGUAGGCAACGAGACUUCUCAAGGCCAACUCCAAGGAGCAAACUCUAACAAACCCUACACUGCAACGUCUUUUGCAGUCUCCUUAAAAGUAUACCCACUUCCAACAUCACCAUGACAUACAGACUAUAAUAAACAGCUGGUG